ACGACGAGGAGCGCCGCCCCUCCGACCCCUCCUCGCCGCUCCCCUCCGACCUCCUCCUCCGAGCCUACGCCGACCUCGCCCUCCCCGAGAAGGCCCUCCAAGUGUUCUACCUCAUGAAGGGCGCCGACUUGGUCCCCAAGAUCGAGUCUUGCAACGCCCUGCUCAGCGCCUUCUCGCGGGCGCACCGCACGGAUCAGGCCUGGGUCCUCUACGCCGAGAUGUUCCGGAUGCGGAUCCCCUCCACCGUGGUCACCUUCAACGUAAUGAUCAACGUGCUGUGCAAGGAAGGUAAGCUCAAAAAGGCCAAAGCUUUCCUACGCGUCAUGGAGAGCUCCGGCGUUCGCCCCAAUGUCGUUACCUACAACACCGUAAUCGGAGGGUAUUGCUCGAAGGGGAAGGUCCAAAUGGGUAUUGAUAUGCUCGAUUUGAUGAGGGAGAAGGGAAUCGAGCCUGAUUCGUACACGUACGCGACGCUUAUUUCGGGGAUGUGCAAGCAGGGGAGGAUCGGUGACGCUUCGAAGGUGUUCGACGAAAUGCUCGAGAGAGGUUUGCGGCCGAGUGCCGUCAUGUACAACGCGUUAAUCGACGGGUGCUGUAAUAAAGGGGAGUUGGAUGUUGCGUUUAGGUAUCGCGAUGAGAUGAUCGGGCGGGGGAUCGAGCCGACCGUGUCCACGUACAACUUGCUCGUCCACGCAUUGUUUAUGGAGGGUAGGAAUUUCGAAGCUAAUGCUUUGAUUAAGGAGAUGGAGGGGAAGGGAUUGGCGCCCGACGCGUUCACGUACAACAUUUUGAUCAAUGGGUAUUGCAAGGAGGGGAAUGUUGCGAAGGCGUUUGGUUUGUUCGACGAAAUGUCAAACAAUGGUAUUCGCCCUACGAUGGUGACUUACACCUCUCUGAUUUACGUUCUUUGCAAGAGGAGUCGAGCGAGCGAGGCGGAUAGGAUGUUUGAAGAGGUGAAGGAAAAGGGUCUCUCCCCGGAUCUCGUCAUGUACAAUGCCUUGAUCGACGGCCACUGCAGCAGCGGCAACAUGGUCCGAGCGUUCGAGCUGGUGAAAGAGAUGGAGAGAACGAAGGUUGCCCCGGACGAAGUGACAUAUAAUACUUUGAUGAGAGGGUUUUGCUUGUUGGGACAAGUUGAGGAGGCCCGCGAGCUCAUCGAAGAGAUGGGUAGACGAGGGAUCAAGCCUGAUCUUAUCAGCUAUAACACACUAAUUAGUGGUUACAGCAGAAGAGGUGAUAUGAAGGAUGCUUUUAGGGUUAGGGAUGAGAUGCUGAGCAGAGGUUUCGAUCCCACAAUUCUUACAUACAACGCGCUUAUACAAGGGCUGUGUAAAAAUGGGGAAGGAGGUAAUGCCGAGGAGCUACUUAAAGAGAUGGUAGGCAAUGGCAUUGCACCUGACGAUAGUACCUAUUUAUCGCUCAUCGAGGGGCUUAGUGAUGGCAAGGAGUUGAUCGAGAAUGCGGAUGUGUAACCCUGAACCCUAAACCCUAAACCCUUAGACAUUCAAUUCAGCUGCGCAGGGAUAGGACUCUUCAGAAUUGCUCUGCGAGAAACUACUAGUCCCUUCUAAGGAGAGGUCAUGGGUAACUUCUUGAUAGAUGGAUGCGGAGGCCGUCGAGUGUUUUCUCGAUUCGCAUUAAGAUGGCAAGGUACUUCUUCUUCAGAAGUGCACUCUCCAGCAGAUCUACGACGUUGCGAGAAAUCCUGAAGAUAAGUGAUUAGGCUUUGAUCAAGUUUGCCACAAAUUUAAUCACCUGUAAAUAUAUGUCUGUGUCUUCGAUUCUGUCUCAAAGUAUGAGUGUGAUAUUUUUUGCCCCAGCAGCUCAACUCUGGGGUCAGAUAAUGCUGAUCCAUGUUGAAGUACAAAAAGAAGAUGAAAUUAUUACAUUUAAAUUUUGAUUUGAUUCAACCAA